AUGCAAACUCACCUGCUUGUAAGGGAAUAUCCAAGAGCACUUGCUCUAAGACCCACUGUGUUAGAAGAAGCACCUUCAGGUGUACUUGUGUUUGAAGAGUACCAAGGUUCAGAUACUCGAGCUAUCACUAAACUCUAUCCUCCUUCCGAGUUUGAAGAUGCUCAAUGGCGUAUUUUAAACUCGCGUCCAGUCUUUGGUUGUCUUGAGUGUUUUAUUGCUAUUGUGACAGAUUGUAUCUCUGUCGGAAGAAUACGUGCAGGAGAAGAAGUCUACAAGAUACAGUCUGUUUCAUUUUAUUCACUUUCCAGUGCUCGGUAUGACGAUCUCGAUGAUCCUGCAAGCUGGGACGAUGAAUGGGAUCAGCCUAACAAUAGUACUAUUCAACAUCCUUGUGCUCAACUUCAAAAGCUGUUUUCGGUAGGCAGUUUUUAUUUUACACCUGAUUUCGACUUGACAAAGACAGUACAAGCACGUACUUCAGUGGCCUCGUUAGGGGCUCAUUCGUUUGAUGAACAUUUCUUAUGGAACCAAUUCUUAAUUUCUGGAUUAUUGGACUUUCGAUCUAAACUGGAUAGAAAGAGUCAAAUGAACCUGGAUCGUGGCGGUUUUUUAGUGUUUGCGAUACGAGGUUAUGUGGGUACCGAGACAGUCGAUCUAGACAAUGAACGUUAUGAAUUAUCUGUGAUUUCUAAACUCAGUUGUCAAAGAGCAGGCACACGGUUUAAUUCGAGAGGCAUUGAUGAUAAUGGUCAUGUCGCUAAUUUCGUCGAGACAGAAACGAUCUUGUAUUCAGAUAGAAUAUGUUAUGGAUUUACACAGAUACGAGGUAGUGUGCCUGUCUUUUGGGAACAGCAAGGCAUGCAAUUGGUACAGCAUAAAAUCCAGAUUUCGCGAGGACCAGGAGCAACUCAACCAGCCGUGAAGCGGCAUUUUGAUGAACUGCUCGACCGUUACCAUGGUGUGAGCAAUAUCAAUCUUUUAUCACAAAAGGAGACUUCAGCAGGUGAAUCUGUGCUUAGUCAUGCAUUCAAUACAGCAGUCCAGCAAUUGAAUUAUGGCCAAGACUUGGUUCGGAUGGUCAACUUUGAUUUACAUGCCGAAUGUCGAGGAGGCAAUUAUGAUAAUGUGGCUAUUUUAAUGCGUGAUAUUCGUGACACCAUAGAAGAAUAUGGAUUCUUUUUGAUGGACACAGAAGACAAUCUGAUUAUUUGUACUCAAAAAGGCGUAUUCCGCACUAAUUGCAUGGAUUGUUUAGACAGAACCAAUCUUGUUCAAAACGAAAUUUCACGUAAAGCACUAUUGAAUUUCUUACAAGUACGAUUUCAGCCAUUGGCCUAUCCUACUUUGGUGGCACGCCAUUCUCAUCUAUGGGCUGAAAAUGGCGAUUCGUUAAGUAAGAUUUAUGCAGGCACAGGUGCACUCAAAUCAGCAUUUACGCGUACUGGUAAAGUGACAUUCAUGAAUGUAUUGAGUGACGCCACAAGGUCUGUCAAUCGAUUCUAUAUCAACAAUUUCCAAGAUAAAGCAAGGCAGGAAGUCAUCGAUCAAUUGCUUGGUAAAUUAGCCAAUCAGAACAUGAUCAUGAUACACGACCCUAUUAGCGACAAUGUGACACGUCAAUUAUCGAAACGCGUCAAAGAGUAUUCACGCAGUAGAAAGAUCACUAUUUUUACGGGCACAUACAAUUUGAAUGGAAAGCCCUUUAAAGGAGAAUCCUUGGAUCCAUGGUUACUUCAACACUUUCAAUGGAAUGAACAAGAGCCUGAUUUGUAUGUGGUUGGAUUUCAAGAAAUAGUUGAGUUAUCGCCUCAGCAAGUAAUGGCCACAGAUGCAGACAAGAGAAAGAUAUGGGAACAACAGAUUGAACAGACAUUGAAUAAUCAUGCUGGUAAAUCUAAAUAUACUUUACUGCGUUCAAAUCAAUUGGUGGGUGCUGCCCUUAUCAUCUUUGCAAAAUCAGCCAUUGUGGAAGAGAUUCGAAACGUAGAAACUUCAAUCAAAAAGACAGGUAUUAUGGGCAUUGCUGGUAAUAAAGGAGCAGUAGCUAUUCGUAUGGAUUAUGGAGAUACAAGUUUUUGUUUUGUAGCUGCUCAUUUUGCUUCAGGGCAUUCUAAUGUGGAUGAUCGUAAUACGGAUUUUCAUACGAUUAUUGAAGGUCUUCGAUUUCUAAGAGGCAAGACGAUUGACAGUCAUGAUAAUAUUAUCUGGGUUAGUGACUUCAACUAUAGAGUCUCUUUGCCUAAUGAAGAAGUACGUCUUUAUGCAAGAGACGGCAAUAUUGAUGCGCUCUUAAGACAUGAUCAGGCAAGCCAAAAUAAAGCAGAAAUGCGUGAAGGAAGAGUGUUUUCUGGAUACCAAGAAGGUGACAUUACCUUCUUACCUACUUACAAGUAUGAUAAUGGUACUGAUGUCUAUGACACAAGUGAAAAACAGCGUAUUCCUGGCUGGACAGAUCGUAUUGUCUAUAAGGGAAAACAAUUAAAGCAAAUUCAAUACGCUCGAGCAGAAUUAUACACAUCUGAUCAUCGUCCUGUACUUGCCUUGUUUGAAACAGAUAUUGUUACUUUGGAUCAUGAAGCCAAGACAAAAUUACAAAAAGAAUUAUACCAAAGCUUGAGUUCAAUUGAAGUCAAGGCAGCACCUGAAUUGCCUAGACGAAAGAACACAAUACCCACUACGACGCCAUUGAAGCUAUCAGAUUCGUUUGUAGAUACACUGAUAGAUGUCUCUCUUGAUUCCAAUGAUUAUCCACCUCCAAGCACAGACAGUAAGAAAUGGUGGGAAGAUGGACAAGAAAUAUCAAAGGCAGACAUAAGUCGUGCCACUAGCCAUAACCCAUUUGAAGAAGACGGGUUUGUUUUGACUGGAGGAACAAACAGCCUCAAGUUUCCUAGUUCUUUGCAAUCAGAUAGUGAAUGGACACCGUUAAGUCCAUCUUCUUAUCAAGGAGCCUCUUAUAUGAAUGGCAAUUUACAAAACGGUAAACCAUUAUCACCACCUACAACAGCCAAUGUGUCGAGUGUGAUUGGGUUUUGGAAUAAUAAGCAAUAG